AUGCUGAGCGGCGCACGUCCGCAAGCACCGCCAUCCUAUCACCACUACCAGAAACACCACAAAAAUCAAGUUCAACACCAACAUCAAGCCCAAAACCAACAGCAAUACCAUCAGCACCAUCAUCAAAUGGGUGGUGGUUUUUUAAACCACCAAAAUCUGCCGCCAAAACCACCACCCAAUUUGACAACGACUAAAGAUUAUGUCACGGUUCGUCAUUUUAUUAUUUCUCACUCAUUUUAGCCGCAUUCGGAUGUACGGGUUUUGCGAUUGGAAUGCGCCUCCGACGGUGGUGUUCUGGAUUUUGACGACCGUUUGGAAGAUGUUUUUGACUCGGUUUUUGACCAGGUUGAAGAAAAAGACCGGAAAAUUGUGAUGAUUCAUGAUUUUCAAAUUUUUCAUUUUCUGUAGAGAAAAGCCUAGAAGAGUUGUUCUGUUCAGUUUGCAUCAAUAUAUUCAAAUUUUUCUUGGAAAUAGUUUUUGAAUCUUUUUUUAUUUUUAUGAAUAAGAUUUGAAGGUUAUUUUUUUAGAUUUAAUCACGCUUUCUUAGACUUUUUAAAAAUUGAUAAUUUCAGUGAAAUCGUCUUUUUUUUUUAAUAUUCAGCUAUGAAAGAAAGCUAUUCACGGGAGUUAAAAAAAAAGCUUUUUUGAGCUCUGAUAGCUGAAUGUUUCUACUGAUUGAGUGAAAUAACGCUUUUUCGGUUUUUACAACGGUUUCGGAAGUCUCUACCUGCACAACUCCCUAUAUUUCGAGAAAUAGCUAUUCAAAAUCCGUUGAAAUCAGCCUUUUUGGGACUUUUAGCCCUUAUUUAUGCUUUCAGGAUCUUUUUCUAGUACAUUAUUGAGUUUUCUGACCAAGUUCCGAGAAUCUCCCAGCCGUAAAGUACAACGAUCUCUUUUGUUAGUUGAGGAAGAUUAGGGGGAUUUCGGAAACGUGGUUUUUUUGAGCCUUCUAUACUUAGGUCUCAUCUGCAAGGACAGAUUUUGUCGAUUUUUCCCGUUUCAAAUUUCAAAGUGAGUGUCUUUCAGAUUCUGGCGAUCUACGACGAAGGCAACGGUCCAGUUGGCGGCUCCUCUUCCUCAGUUCCGGAAAAUCACUACGCUCAGCCGAUGCCCGUCUCGAGAAGAACUAGUCGAGAUGUCGGUUCCCAUGAUUCGGCGCAUCCUUCAACUUCUUCUCUUUAUGGUUCAUUUUAACUUUUUGUUGGAAAUUUCUUAGAAAAUCUCGAGAAAAGCUCAAAAAAAAACCAGUAGAACUUGAAAAAAUAAGAAACUAAAACAAGUCCUAAAGAAGUAAUCAAAUCACAAAAUUUCUGGUAAUCAGUUAGAAAAACUGUGCUUCAACCACAAGGAAUUAAUUGGCAAAAAAAAAAGCUAGUUUAAACCUCAACUGGUAGUACUGGCUAGGGUUCGAUAAAAUCUUAGGAGGAGAGGCUGGAAACGUUUAAAAUUCGCCUGCCCAUGAAUGGAAAAAAAAAAGUUGAAAAAUGACUUUUUUGGAGAUAUUUCAUAAUAUUUUUUAAGUCCACCCUGUCAUUUGUAGCUCCAAUUCAAUUAGCUUUAUUGUAAAUUGGUGAUUUUUUGACAGCAUCAUUUUAUUUUUCAGCUCAAUAAUAAACUGUGAAAAAUCUGAACAACUUGAAAAAAGAGAAUUUUUGAAGGUUUUCUGUCAUUUUCAACCUUACGCUGUCACUUUUCAGUUUUUUGAACAUAUGAUUUUUCAUGAGAUUGGGCUUUUUUUAACCUGUUUUUCAUUCAAAAAACGAAGAAGGAGGUAUAGUUUCAGAAAAAGCAAUGUGAAAUCUUUCUUAAGACGUGUUUCUGACAUCUUAACCUAACUUUUUUUUGUCGAGAUUUUUUUUUGUUGACUCGGACUACGUUCAAAUGUGUGGUUAUUUUUCCUUGGAAGAAAAUCUAUGACAUUUUUUUAUAAUUAUUCUUCAAAAAUCAAGGAUGUUAGUUGCAGGGUCCACUUCCAUGAUACCGUCCCACUACGCCAGUUCGUCGAUCCAUCGAAGGUAUAUAUUUGUUUUUUUCCUUACUUAAUUUUUAAUUUGAUUAACGUAUCUAACUUGCUUUCUAUUUUACUUAUUUACCAGAAAACAGUAAUUGAAAAAAGGUGAGUAUAGGCAAUUAAAAACUCCAUCGAUUAGUUCUACUUAAAAUAUAAAAUGAAAAAUAAUUAUUGGCCGAAAAUGUUUCAAGUUUAGAUUUGGAGAUUGUGAACGCGAAUUCUUUCAUUUGACCAAUUUUUUUAAGAAUGAUGUCGAAAAUUGUCACCUUUUCAGGUUUUUUCGCGUCUUUCACACAGGAAAUGCACAACUGGAAAAGCUUUUCCAACCAAAAAAAAAUCUUUGAAAAUGUUUUUAAGGCCUUUUGAAGUGUGAGAAUCGAUCAAUUACAAGAAAUAUGGAUCUAAUAAAACUAUAUGUUGUUUAUGAGGCCACUGAGUCACUCCUCAUGGUUUUGAAAAACUGAAAAGAUUUCGUAAGUUUUUUUCCCAAUUUUCUUGACCUUUUUCUUGUGAAAUAUUAAAUUCCCUAUUAUGAAGUUUUUAAAUUCAAUUAUAAGUGACGUAUUUUGCGUUGUGAUCUGGUCCCAACAGUAUCAUGCGUUGGCUUGUAGAAAUGAUGUCAAAAUAUUUAUUUCAACACUUUUUAUUUCGCAUAAUUGUUGUAUAAAAUGCAUUAUUCAAGCUUUGCUCACGAUCCGAUGUCCUCCCGGGCAGCCGAAUUGGAAGGACCUCCUUCGGAUCUUCGCGUCCACACGACACAAGUCAGCCACGACCGUGGCGGUCGUGAAUGGCGAAGUGAGGAACCCAGGGAGAACGGGGGACACCCGCGGGCUUCACGUCAAGUUGCCAUGACUAAGAGCUACACGGCGGGAGGUUCGUUGAGAGGAAUUCAUUAUUUAUCGUUGUCUUUUUUUUUUGAGUGGUUAAGAAAUAAUAGCUUUUUGAAAAUCCUUCACUUUAUUGUAAGAAGGUUUUUAAGGGCUAUAAUGUAUUUAGAAGGCUAUAAAGGCCGUCUCUAAUUGAAGAACUUUGAAUGGAGUUAGCCAAGUAGACUUUUUAAUUCAUUUUAGAAGGGAAUAGCUCAUUAAAUUCUUUUAUGUCACAUGAAAAUAGAAUAGGACAUGCUGCUUUUUUCUUAUAGAGCUUAGAAAGACGUUUUAAAAUGAAGAAUUAUAUAACUGGCACAUGGUUUUUCGUGAAAAAGGUACUUUAAAUCAAUUUUUGUUUUUUUUAUUCUUGAAAGAGAAUCCAUUUUCCUUCCUUUUUUCUCGAAAAAGUCCAAGAAAACGGCUCAUUUCCUUAUUUAGGCUACUCGGCCGUUUAGAAAGUUUAUGAGAUCAUUUUUUAUACAUCAUAAUUGGAGUGAAGCAUAACUUGAGAGAUUUCUGAAGGGAGGUAUGUUGAAAAUUGGACGAGUUAGGAUUGUUUUUUGCGGAAACCCGGUAGAAAAGAUAAAUUUAGAAGGAAGAUGAUCAUGAAAAUUGUUUUUAAUCCUUAAUAUUUCCAUAAAAGAGGGGUUUUCCAGCCUCAACCACCACCACGGCUCAUUUGACCGGCGGAACCGGCGUCUCCCAUCAUCGACACGGCCUUCCGAAGCAAAAUAGCGUUCCCGUUAGUUUUCUGAAUCUUUCUGACACUUUGAAAAGGCGUAAAUCAACUAGAAAAUGGUUCUUGAAGUUGCGAAACUAUACAUGAACAAGUAAAAACUCAACUUGUCCAGGAGGAGGGUUUGGCUGGAAAAUUGACCGAAGAAAUAUGAUUUCUAGGCUCAGGGAGGUAGUGUUGGCACCAAUAAAUUUCAACCUCAGGGAGGUACUAAUGGCCUUAAUUUCAAAAUACUUGGGUUGGCGGCCUUUAAAAAUGGUCUGCCUAUCUGUGUUCGAAACGAAAAAGGAAGCUGAUGGAACAUUUUGAAAGUUGAAUUCCAGUCGUCGAACGCAUCGGUGGCUGGGACGUCGACGGCGUCACUCGGAGCGGAUGGCCAACCCGUGAGGUCUUCUUUGAGGUCCCAAGCUUCCACGGCGAACCAUUCCACCACGCCGUCUCGUUAUCGUGUCACCAUGAGUCCCGGUAAUGAUUUCCUUUGUUUUCUUUGAACUAGGUAGCUUCACGGGGGAUUUGUGUAGUUUUUUUCGGAAUAUUUUCUUGGUUUUUUCAGAGUUCUUCUAUAUUUUCCUUAAAGUUAUUUGAAAGAAUUAUGAUGAAAGUCUAAAACUUUCAUUUUUCAUUUGGUUGGGCAGAGCCUUUUCCAAUGAGGAGUGAUCCGAGAGUUUGAGAUUAAUAAAUAUGAAAUUUUUUGUCUUUUUUACGCAUUUAGUUGGGGUUUAGAAUGUUGAUGCUUCUUUUUUUUAAUUUCGGGGGCAUUUGUUCAGUCUUUUUAAGAGAAGAACACGGCAAAAGUCUGAAAAAUGGUGCUUUUUUAUCAAUUUUUGUCAGGCAGCGCCUUUUUCAAUGAGAACUGAAUUAAGCGGAAGAACUGCGUUUAUUAAAUCAAGUAUUAUGACACUUUAUUUUUUUUGUGUGUUUUUCUAGCCUUUUGGGCUCCGUAUUGCGGUUUUAGUAGAUUAUUAUGUGUAUUUUGGAUCCAGUGGCAUUCAUUUUAAGUUAUUGAUUUUUAGAAACUUAAUAUAAGUCUUAAAAUGAUCUUCUUGUUCUUUAAGGGUGUUUGACCAUGUUUGUGUCAUCUUUGAGCUUGGCCUAGCCUCUGUUUGUACUUUUAAAGCGAUGUUAUUGAAAUUUCCGAUUUCAGAGACAUUUUUUUGGUAUAAUAUUGUCCAAGAAACACAGCAAAAAAAUUUUCAGUAUUAAAAAAAAGACUGUUGGUUCUUUAAAAUUCAAAAUUUUUUUGCUUUUAUUUUUUUCACCAUCUUGAUAUAUUUUAGUUUGAUUAUUCUGAACAGAACUUUAGGAACAUGAGGCGAUCUGCUUACUUUUAUUACAAGGAAAUUUUAAUCCCCUUAAGUGAAAAAAAUUUUGUAAUUUUUUUAAGCGAUUUCAGCGUCUUUGCUUUAUUUUUCACAUUUUCCGAUAUAUUUAUUAUCCGAAAUAGAUGACCUCAUUUAAAGAAAAUGAGACGAUCUUCACUGUAGAGAUUGCCUACGUUUAUUAUGAGGAAAUGCGAAUCAACUUAACUGUAAAUUUGUCACAGACGUCGAGAAGAAGUUGACGAAAAGCGAGGAGCAAACCGACGGGCCGAAACUCAAACGGGGUUCUGACCGGAAAUCGCGGAUCAAUGACGCGUUUCUCGAUGCCAGAGUAAGGAAUUUUAUCAUUUCUUGCCCAAAAAAAAAGUCUAAAUAUCACUCGGACGUGUCGGGAGUGGCCGCUUUAGUGGCGUCAGCACUCUCAAGUGGUCCCUAGAACUGCUCCGGAACUUCCGAUGUCCGAGCAGAUAAUUCAAAUUUCUCUGUUACAUUGUACAGAAAAGGGCUCUCAAGAUGUUUCAAAGCUCAAAAUUCCUAAAAACCUGAAGGAAUUCACAGGAACGACUAGCCGAAGACCUUGCGCUGAACGAAGCCGGCCAACGUCAUCGUGGCGACUCGAUGACGUCAUCAUCAGCUUCUGGAUCCGGUAGAAGACGUGGCGGCUCGAAAUCGACGAGAGUUCGUGCUCCAUUGAGAGAAGGAGAGAAUGGAACGACGGUUUUGACGUUGGUUCAUGAUGAGGAGGAAGACGCGGAUUUCAACGAAGGCGCGUAUCGGCCUAUUGGGAUCGAAGGUGAACUUUUUAUUAUAGUCAAGUCAUUCUAAGUUAAUGUUUUAUGUGUUUGAACUGAAGUUUCAGAUAAAAUUGUGCCAUUUUAGUGAAUUUAGAAAAUUUUUUGGGUAUUGGAGGUAGCUUGUGGAUGACUUCUUCAGAGCUUUCUAGGAUUUUAUUUUGAAAUCGGUUAAUUUUCACCUUAUUCACUCCUAAAAAAAUUUAAAGGAAGAAUUAAAAUUCUUGAGAAAUUUUUGAAUAAAACAUGUGAAGUACGAGAGAUGUUUUUUUGAUUUUUUUUUUUAAAUUCGAAGAACCUGGAUCAAAAUCCAAAAAAUGCUUCUUAACUUUUUGUAAUGCCCAUUUUUGGACAAAUUACUACAUCUUAUAAUUUCUUUCAAAGCAUUUUUCAUCUUGUUUCCGUGUUUAAUUAUCAUUUCCAGUUAAUGCCGUUUUCGACGAUGCUUCAUCUUCAAACGGAACUUCUCAAGCCAAGUUGACAGCCGUCCAAGUCAUGAAAAUCGAAGAAAAUGGCCGGGCGGCAAAAGAUGGACGACUCCUUGUGGGAGACAAUAUUGUAGAAAUUGAUGGACGGCCUGUUUAUCAGGUCAUUUUUCAUGUUUUUUCAAAGUCUGUGCUUUUCUGAGGCUUUUGUUCUUAUUGCAUGACGUUUAGAGUGAAGAGAAACUAUUAGAAAAAUUGGAAAAAGUUCAAUUUUGAAAAGAAUCCUCGAAAUUUGCUAAUUUUAAUGUUUAGAAUGAAGGAUUUUAGGACUUAAGAAGUGUUGUUUUUUUACUUCUUGUUUCUGGAAAAAAAUCAUUUUUCAAAGUCCGCUUUUUUGAAGCUCUUGUUCUUUUUUUGUAUGACGUUUAUAGAGCGAGAAAAAGUUAUUACAGUCUUGGAAAAAGUUAAAUUGGGAAAAAUCAGUAAGGAGCCCUGGAAUUGGAAGAUCGCUAAUUUUCCUGCUUAGAAUGAAGGAUUUUAGGACUGAAAAAGUAUUGUUUUUACUAUAUUUUUCAAGUUUCUGGAAAAAUCACGUUUUUUUUUUCAGAGUCUCGGCUUUUUCUGAGGCUCCUGUUCUUAUUUUAGGACGUUUAGAGUGAGAAGAAACUAUUAGAGACUUGGAAAAGGUUCAAUUUUGAAAAGUGGUAAGACAACUCGAAAAUUGCUAACUUUAAUGUUUAGAAUGAAGGAUUUUAGGGCUUAAAAAGUGUUUUUUUACUAGAUUUCGUAUACUUUUUCAUGAAGUUUCUGGGAAAAUAAUCAAAAAGGCUUCUGGACAAAACAUAUAUAACUUUUCGCGAAAUCAACUUUUGUUAUGAUUUUUAUCCGUAAUAACUUUCAGAUGUCGAUCCUACGAGCUCGAGCUUACAUUUCCGACCUUUCGACGCGAAAAAGCCCGACUUUGACGAUUGCCAGGCCGUUGGAAUUGUUUGGAAACGAAGAAAAUGGAGAGAUGGAAGGAGAAGCUGGAGCUAGUGUAUGUCUAUUUAUAUCAUUUUUGUUGGCUUGAAAAAGUUUGUCUUGAUCUGCUUGAUAAUCAGAAAAAUUGUCGUUUUUUGGUUUUUUCUGGACACUUUUUAACUCUGAAAAAUCUUAUUUGUUCCGAUUAUUCAACCCCAUUUUUUCCUGCCCCUAUGCCUUUAAUUGAAGAGCUUAUUUUUCCCUUGAAAAGUCUUAAUAAGUCAGAAAUGGAAAAGUGGAGGUCGUUUAUCCAUUAUUGUGUGAAGUUGUCAUUGACGAAUUUUUUUAAAUUUUCAUUCCAAAUGACUUCUCUCAAACUUUAAUGAGGAUCCAGUCCACGUAAAAGAGAUCACUUCAAUUAAUUAUGAUUUCAGUUCGAUUUCGAUUUCCAGAAACCUUCAGUACUUCUCAAAACGGAAAUUGAACCUUUUUUUUUUACAGAAACCCAUAUUUUCUGCCCUCCAACAAGCCAACACGCAGUACAUUGGCCACACGACGAUUGUUGAAUUGAUCAAAAGUUUGUUUUUUUUUCAAGUUUUUCCUGAGUUGCUGAUUUUGUUUUUGGGUAUGUGUAUGAGGCUGAGAAAGUUAUGAGGGGCUAUGAAAAUUCUGUUUUUAGCGAUUUAUCUUGAAAAUAUAAUGGGAAAUUACUUGUUCGGAAAGAAAAUAGAUCAAUUGUAACAAAUUUAAUAAAAAAAGGGCUAAGGGUUUUCAACUUUUUUUUGACUACGAAAUCAUUGUCAGAAUUCAUUUUUUUCCACAUAUUCUUCUCACUUUUUUUGAAAAUUUCCAAUAAUUUUUCUGUCAAUUUUGAUGAUUUCCUAUAAUUUUUCUGUUAAUUUCAGGCCCAAACGGGUUCGGUUUCACCGUAACGGGACGCGAAACGGCGAAAGGCGAAAGAUUAUUUUAUAUCGGAACGGUCAAACCGUAUGGAAUCGCCUUGGGUCAUUUAAAAUCGGGUGAUCGGCUUCUUGAGGUUGAGAUUAUUUCAGAAAAAGGAGAUGAUCGAUUUUUUCAGAUCAAUGGAGAAUCGACGGCCAACAUGACGCAACAAAAUGUGGUUGAUAAGUUGAAGGUAUGGAAACGGGCCAUUUUGAAAAAAUGAAGGGAAUUUAUUUUUUUUAGCUGUUGAGAUGUUUGUACGAUUUUCAGCUUUCUAGCGAAAUUUUUUUUGGGGAGUGCUUAACCUGAAUUGAAAUUUAUUGAUAGGGUAUUAUGAAUUUUCCAUGAAAUGAGAAAUUUUCUAACUGUUUGCCAUUCUCACGUUUAAUGAUUUAUUUAAAUGAGCUCGUUGUCCUAAUACGGCAGGCCAGAACGCCUAUAUUAGUUUAGAGAGCAUGGGGAACUUGGAGAGUAAGAUUCUGCUCUCUCCUCGUUCUACGCACUGUCUCAGUACCGUUUUCUGUCAAAUUGGCAUGCCAGCGCUCAUGUCCUUAGUCAGUGUGUAGAAUGUGGAGACUACCACUCUGGUCUGGCCUCUCCGAGCUUACCGUGCUCUCUAAACUGGGUUUUUUUUUAUCUUUAUUAAAUGUUUCUUCUGAAUAUUUUUCCUUCACCUUCCAUUCCAUGCUUUUUCAGGAAGCAAUGGUCGGACAAAAAGUCAAGUUUCUCGUGUCACGAGUGUCUCCAGCGACGUCUUCAAAAUCAGAACCGACGUCUUCUGAAAACAAGGAAAAUGAAGAUAAAUCGGAAGCCCCAAUUUAUGCGACAAUCGCCAAAUUUGCCGACGGGGGCGAUUUGAGAAACGAUCGAUUGAGUGUCGAGCCGAGCAGAAAUGUCAAUGGAAAGGUGAUUUUUCGGGAUUUCUAGGCUGAUUAUCUACAAAAUUUGAAUCACACGGUCAAAUUUCAUGAAGGUCUCGAGGUGAAAAGCCGUUUCAAGGGGUUUUUCGGUUAUCCAGCAAUUUUUUUGAGCUCUAGAUAAGGUUUUGAGCAGAUUAAAAUGUAAGAUGUGAUCCUAGAAAUUUGGAUUUCACUGUAUUUUUUUCAGUUUUUGAUUUUUUUCGUUUUUUUCCGCAUCAUUCACAUGUUUUUAUAGGUAUUUUUAAAGCCUGAAAAAAAUUUUUGCCCCUUUAUUUUUAUAAUCAUUACUGCUCAAUUUUUCCAAAUUUCCUUUUUCAGAACCUCUCACCGUCAUCCCUAUCACCAUCUGACGUCAACGAACCAAUUAUCCUCGACUGGGUCGUUCCUCUGAACGAUUCUGGGUCCGCUGGCCUUGGAGUUUCACUAAAAGCUCGCGUUUCGGUCAAAUCCGACCAAACGCGUCGAGAUUGCGGCAUUUUCAUCAAGAAUGUGAGUAUUGGGAUGCCACUUGGCGUAGGCCGCCGCGAGUCGGGCGCACGCAAUUCGAGGGUGUCCGCCGGCGGCCGCCUCGUUCACCCUAGUGAUGAUAAACUUUCCGAUCUAUCGGGUGACAACUUGCUGAACAUUGUACGUCAGUCUGAGGGGUACAAAAGUCAAUUUUUGAUAAUUAAUAAUUAAAGUGAUAAUGAUAAUUAACAAAUUAUCUCACAUGAUGGAAUGUGUACCUAAAUCAACAUGUAGAGUCAAAUUUGUGGCGUUUUUCUGGAUUUGAGAUUUUAAGUGUUCCCUUAAGGGAUGUAAAGUAUCAAUUUGGAUAAUAAUAAUAAUAGAUUACAAAAUUAAUAAUUAAAAAAAUUAACAUACAGAAACUUUUGGCGUGUGUUCAAAGUUAUAUUGGAUUUUUUUGAGUUUUUAGAAUUGAGGCGUUUCCUUAAGGGAUUUAAAGUAUGCUUUAGUGGCCCCUUGAUCAAUUUAAAGUUUCAAUUUGAAUAUUAAUGAUAUUAGACUAAAAAAAUUAUUAAUUAUGAAGUGAUCCAAAAAUUAGUAUAUAGAAACUUGUGGCGUGUGCGAAGUUAUUUCGGAUUUUAGAAUUGAAGAGUUUCUUCUAGGGAUUUGAAGUAUGCUUUAGUGAUCCCUCGAUCAAUUUUUAAGUAUUAAAUUUAAUAAUAAUAAUAAUAAUAAUAAUAGGUUUAUUCACUGCAUAGGAUAAGAAAAUAAGUAGUUAUAAUAAUACAAGGCAAUUAGUCCACCCUAAAGAGUAGAGUUUGACCCGGAUUGAGACAAGAAUUAGAGCAAUCGGGAAGGUAUUCAGUCGAAUAAGGCGGAAUUUGAGAGAUUAUCAAGUUUGUGACUCGUAGAGAAUAAGUGGGACGUAAAAUUCAAAAAAUAAAGAGUUCUGAACUUUUACUUCUACAUGUUAAAAAACCGCCAUUUUAUGACAUUUAUAGUUUUUUUGAGGAUCUUUAUUAGAAAUUCAAUCAGUUUUGUUAAGUGAUGAUGUUUUCAUGCAAUUUUCAAGCUAUGAAUUUUUUUUCUUAUACCCCUGCGCUGUCACGAUGCAGUAAUAACUUCACAAACAAAAGAAAAAUAUAUGGAUCAAACUUUUUUAGGUGAUGCAUGGCGGAGCUGUUUUCAAAGACGGCCGGAUACGAGUUAACGACCGGAUUGUUGGAAUUGAAGGGGUUCGUUUGAAGAAAAAAUUUUAAAAGAUUCUUAAAAGUUUAAGCUUCAAACAGAGUGUGAAAGAAGUUAAAAGUUAAGAAGUUAAAGUUAAAGAAAAUAAACGAAAACCUGUGAUAUGAAUAUCUUUUUCCAGGUGAACCUGGAAGGUAUGACGAACGCUGAAGCUAGUAGAGCCAUUAGUAAUCAGCUCAAGGCGAUCGGUGACCGUGGGAAAUUCGUUCAGUGAGUUUGGAAUUGGUUUUUCUCUUUAGGUUGUUAUAGUUUUUUAAAAAUUAACGGACAUAUGACUUCAAAAAUCAUUCUAAAUUUCCUAGAAGGAAAGUUUUGAGAAGCUUCUGAGGAUACUGUAGAAUGACUUGAGGAUGAUCUAAUUUUUUGAAGAUUUUUUGAAGCUCUUACAAAGUUUUUGGAGUCUUGAAAGUUCCAAUAAUCAACAUUUGAAUAAUCUGUGUCUUCAAGAUGUUUUUUUUUUCACUAGAAGCCUAAAAAAAUCUUUCAAAGUUGCUCAGGACUGUUUCAAGAAAAGUCUGAAGGUCUUGCAGACUUUUCAACAUUUUUGAGGGUUUUUACAUAGCUCUGAAGUCUUGAUAUAUCUCAAAAAUACCGUUUCAGACCUUCCGUAAAUUUUUUCAACAACAAAAAUCUACAUGAAUCUUCAAAAAUGCUCCUUUUAGCCUUCGAAUCCAACGAGAACCGAACCCAGCUGGAACUUUGACGAGGGACACCUCGCGAAUCACAGUUGACGCGCCAUCGCCAUCGCCCUCGUCGCACAUCUCCCAUUCUCUCCUACCGUCACCAGCGUCGCAGGCUUUCGGAAGCCGCGCCAUGUCGUCCAGUGGCGUCGAUUCGUCGCACUCGCGACAAUCUUCUGCGAAUUCGAACGAGGAGAGAGCCUAUCGCGAAUCUGUCGCCAGCGAUUUGAGGUUUGAAGAUGAGGAAGCAAAAUUGAAUGUCAUCCCCUUAAGACUGGACGACUCGGACAUGCCUCCACCCUCAAGUGAUCCCUUCGAUCGGGAAGCGCCGACGAGAAAAAGCUUGAGCGAGAAGGUUGAGAAAAAGCUGAUUUUUGGCUUUUUACGCGUUUUUUCAGAGGGGACUUGGCGCCGCUGCGGAUCCUCAGCACAUCCGACUUUUUCAGGAUAUCAAGCAUCAAAGGCAGAGUAGUGGUGGGUUUUGAGAAAAAUAGGUUCUCUGAAAACUUGGGACUUGCUUGGGAGUUUGGAAACUGCCAAUUUUGAGUUUAGGAACUGCCAAUUUCGUCAACAAAGUGUCUCUAAGACUUGAAACAGUCUGACUUCUCUGCGCUCUCUUUCCUCUUUUCAUAUUUCUUUAACCUCGUCUUUGAGGGAAAAGAGAGCCCAGACAGGUCAGAAUUUUUGGAGACUCUUCAGGGAUUUCUCAGUUUCAAUCAUGAUUUUUCAGUUUUACUGGUUUUACUAGUGUUACAAAUACAGUUGAAAUUUUCAUUUUUACUUAAUUUAAAGAUCCGAAAAAACUGAUUAACUUGUACGGAACCUGAAAUUUAUUGGAAUGCGCUUUCUUCUAAGCCUUCUACUUUAAUUCUUUCUUGACACCUUCUCGGGAGUCCUAUUGUCAAAAAUAGCCUUUUAUUAAUAAUGUUUAUUUACAGGCAGAACAAAAUAACAUGUACAAGAAUGAUUUUUUUUUUCUGAAUCAUUUUGAGACAUGAUGUGUUUUUUCAAGUUGCUGUGAAUGAAAAAUAUUUCUCCCCCUUGAAUGACUCAUCUUCUGCUUGCGCUCCUCCCGCCUGAGUGUGGCUUCUAUUUUUUCAGCGCCACCUGGAUCAUCGACGCCAGGCACGCCGUCAGGACAUGCUCGAUCCGUUUCUCAAAGAGCCGCGAGCCGGUAUAAUCGAUCGGCUUCUGCGCAAAGAUCUCUACCGCCUUAUACGGCGUCGGAACGGCACGUUGGUAUUGACGCCGAGUCGUUGACCGUCCCGAAAAAUGGAUCUCGUGAGUUUCUUGGCCGUGCGAUUUCCGCUUCUGAGAUGCGCUUUUGAAUGAUUUCUUCUUCUAAAAGAAUAUUUUUUGAUGUUCUUGUGAAAAAAAAGUUCUCUUCUUUCCCAGUUGUACGCUUGACAUUUUUUUAAAUACAAAAUUGUCUGGAGAUUCAGGAGUUUUUUUCUCCAGUCUUUAAAAAAACUUCUUUAAAUACAUUUCAGCUUUCCUCCUCCCCCUCCCCCAUAAAUUUUUUCAAACAGGGUCUUUCAAAUAUGUGAAUAAUUUGAAAUACAAAAGGGUCUGAAGUUUUCGGAGUUUUUUCUCUAGUCUAUAAAAAACUUGUUUAAGUUCAUUUCAGCGCCCCCUUCCCCUCAGUUUAAAGCUUGAAUAUUCCUGAGUUGCUUUUUUUUUCCUGCUGUUUAAAGAUGACUUUUUACCUAACUUUCGUGUUAAAUUAACACCGUCUUGCAUGUUUUUUAAUGGACUUUACGGGGUAUAGCAGAACUUUUGACACGGGUUAUUGUGAAACAUGGAAGAUUGAAGACAAAAAGAUAUAAUUUGCACAGAAAAGAAUUGAAAUUCGCACUGUAUGUCCCAUAAAUUAAUAAAAAUAUCUAUUUCGCAAUACAGAACUGGUCAACCGACGGUCCUUGAGCAUGGAAAGUAUCAACAGAACGGCUGGAAGUGCACUUCAGGUCAACAAUAAACGAGUCGUCAUUGAUGCCCCCGGAGAUCGAAAAUUCGAUAAUGGUAUUAUAUGUGUUGAUAAUGACAUAGUAUAAUAUUUAUUUCAUUCACAAGGAAAAUGGUCAUUGGCAAAUACGUGGAUUAUAUUCCAGAGAUGUUUAUGUGGGUAACUUCUGUCCAAAAUUGUUCUUGAACCACUUGGAAAAGCAAUUUUUUGAAUAAUCUAACAAUUUGGAGCACUGUCUUACAAGGUUUAUGUGUGAAGGCUUUAAUUUUUUUAAAAAUUGAUGAAGGAUCUUCAAAAAAAUAUUUUUAUGGGCUUGAAAAUCACAGUAUCACAGAAAAAUUUUCAUUAUAAAAAAGCUGUCAAAAAAAAAAAUUUUAUACACGAAUUAUACAUUUUUCAAUCAUAUUCGAUUUUUUGAAGAUUUUCAAGGCAUUGCAAUAGCUGAAAAAUACGCACUUUGGUAAAAAUUGAGAUUCUGAAAGUUUUAAUGCUGGCUCGCGUGAAGUCGCUCCAUGGUCGGGCGCAUUUUUGAGUAACCGUUUUGCAGCGCGACACUUUGAGCCAUUCCAAAUGCGACCAGAACUAGUCAAAUUAUCAUAAAUUUGGACUGUUAUUUUAAGAGAAAAAUGAACUUUCAUUUUUCAGCCAAUCCGCAACAUCCAUUUCCACCCGGCUCGCCCAUUAUGCGAUUAAAAGAAGGUGAUAGAAAUUCGAGGGAUAAACAGAGGCGGAAGAGCGUUGGAGUGUGAGUUCUUCAAAUGUUUCAGAAUAGAUGGAAAAAUGGAUAUUUUACAGGGCAAUGAAGAACUUCUUUGGAUUUGGAGGCAAGUCAAGGGAGGCGUCGCCAGAGAAGCCGAUGGAGAAAAGAAGAGAAGAAAGUGCGAGUCGGAGGUGAAUAAAACAGUUCAGGGUAUAGUGAGGAAGUAUGGAAAUGGAAAUGAGGAGCUUUGGGCUUCUAAAGGUAGAAAAAACAGGAAAUAUGGGUUUUAGUUGAAAGUAUGCUGAAACUCUUCUUUGAGCUGUUUCUAACUUUGAAUCAUGAUCCUGAAACUUCAGAAUUAAGGAAUGAACGAAUGGGAAAGCCAAAACAACGCGAUUCUUUAGUUAGAAAAUUUCCUUUUCCGAAGUUUUAACCAAAUAUUGAUUCGAAUGAAGAAACUUUCAAAAAUUGACCUUCAAAAAAAAACUGUCAAGUAUUGAAGUUAUGGUCAAAUAUUGGACGAGAGCUUGGUUGAACAUUUAAUUUUGACGAUAUGUCUUGAAUGGAGUAAAAAUUCCUUUCUUCAUUUAUCUUUCAAUAGACCUGCUCCACCAAACAAGCACGACAUAAUGUCGAUGUCGAUGCCGCCAGCUUCCAACCCUUCGCGACAUCCGCCACCACCUCCAAGUUUAGUCCAAGCCAGACGUCGCGGCUCUGAAUCCGUCUACGUCGACUACGGAGAUCCGUACGGAAUCCAUCAGGUGCGAAGAGUUUAUGACAAGGGAGUCGUUUUACUUGACGUUUUGGAAUGUUCUGAACAUUUGCCUGAACACUCUACGGGGCUAGAUUAGGAUUCUUAAUAGUCAAUACCUGCACAAAAUUCUGAUUUUGAAGAGAUUAAAUUUCAAAGAACCGUUCAUUGUUCCUGAUACUAGGUUAAAUGAAAACUUUAAAAGUUCAUGUCGAGAAAUUGAAGUUUGGCAUAGAUUGAGAUAGAGAUAUCGGACCGUCAUCACCUGCGAAAAUUUUAUUUUAACUUUGAUGAUAUUAAUUUUCAAAGUUACCAUACGUUGGUAGCUUUAAUUUUGUAUGAAAGGAAUAUUUUUCAAAAUUUUGCGCUAAUAGCGACUGUAAGGAUCGUGAUCUAGCACUUUAAUGAAUGCUUUUGCGAAUUUUCAGAGAUUUCGAAUCGAAAGUGUAAAAAUGAUCCUUGGGCUAUUUUCGGGUAGUUCUAGGCCUUUUCAUCUUUGAUAUUCUCUAUAAAAAAUUCUAAUAAUAGUUUUUUCUGCCUACAUUGUAACUUUUCAAUAGAGUUGUUAAUUGUAGUUUGCUUGGUUCUGUUGGUUUUUCUUGAUAAAGACGAAAAAGUACGCUGGGAAAAAAAUAGCCGUGUAGCUAGAGUGGAAAUGCGCUCCAUGGAGAAAAAAACUUUUUUCAAAAUUUUCAGCGCUUUUCGAGUUUUUAUUGGAGUUUUCAAUGAAGGGUUUGAUUGAGGAUAAAAAUAAGGACUUUAAUUGUGAUUAUUGGUUUUUUUUUUUUUGCCGUGGAGCGCACUUGCUAUUUGAAAAAGCAGAUGUAGAAUUUUUUGACGGAGAGGCUCUUUUAAAGAUUUUGUUUGCUCCAUGGAUCAUGACUGUGGUUUCAGAGACUAUAUCAUUUUUUUCCCAGUGUCUUUUUUUCCGUAUUCAAGUUUUUUUAAUAUAAUUUUUUUUGACUUUUUUUCAGCUUUCUUUUUUUCAUAAUCUUUAUUGAAAUAAUGCGUAUUUUUGGGUGGUGGAAAUUCAGCCAAGAAUAUUCAAAGCAAAAUGAAAGAAUGAAGCCGCGGCUCAUUCAUUUUCUGAUCAAGACGGAGAAGUUCAAGGAGAGAAGAAUAGCCGCGGCUCAAACUUUCUCAUCUUUGGCUCAAUUUUCACCUACCCAGAUUGGUUUGCUGUGUGCGUGUGUCUAUAACUCGGUAUUUUCAGCAGGUUCCCACUUCUCAAACUUCUUUUGUACCUUCUUCUUCUUCUCCUCCUUCUUCUUCUUCUGCAUCUUCUGCAACUUGUUCGACGUCUUCUGCUUCUUCUUCCUCUGAAUCUAAAAACCCUCCUUCUUCGGCUUUAACUUCCGCUGAUAGUAAUGCAACUCGACGACGGGCCCCGUCCCCACCGAUGAAGUUUGGCAACUCGCGAUUUUACUCGAGCUGUCGGCCGCAUUUGCUCCACGGCACGCCUAGGUAUAGUGUGGUCUCUGUGUGAAUGUGUACUGCUGUAUGGGUGUUGGAGUGGUCCUUCUAGGGGUUUCCCUGUCUAUUUCUUAGCUUCUGUGGCUUAGAGAGCUUCUAAGGUUGUUGGAGGUUGAAGUGGUCGUUGUAGGUCUUCAGAAAUAAAAUUUUCUCUGGAGAUUUUUGAAUCUUGCGAGUAUGAAACAGUCACUAUUGUGGCUUAGAAGUUGAUUUGAAAAUUUUUUUGAUUUUUUUGAUCUCACUUUAAGGUUUUUUAAAGUUUUUUGAAAGCUCUAGUGGUCAGUAUAGUUACUAAGAAGGUAAAUACUAGGUUCAUUAAGAUUUCUUGACCACUAUAAAAAUCUGUAACUACACAUGAAUAAUGGAGUGGUCAUUCUAGUGGCUUCAAAGUUGAAUUCCAGUAUUUUGAGAUUUUUUUUAAAUCCUAGGAUCUUCUGUGAGCUCUAAGCAUUUCACAAGACUUUUAAGACUUCUGAACUUGUAAAACGACCUCUUUAGAAGUUUUAAGCUGAAGUAGUUGCUUAAGUGGCUUAGAAAAUUAUUGGGACGUUUUUUAAAUUUUUUUUUUGGUAGAGAUGGUUCAAAGAACAUGAAAAUUAAAGUAGACGGAUUUUUGCAUUUUUAGGAGUUUUUUCUUUUUUUUUCCGACUCGUAACCUCUUUAGUGACCACUUUGACGUCUCAUAGAUUUGCUGGAAUGUGUGCUCGCUGUGCUUGAAUGACUGGGCUGUGCUUUUUCCCUCCUCUCGUUUUCCUUACAUUUUUAAAGACAGUUUUUCAUUUAUGUUUGGCUUGGCUAUCGAAGGAAGAAGCCGAAAAUUGAUGAAGUCAGUAAAAUUGAACUUUAUCAAUUUGAGGUUAAAAUUGGACUUUCAGAAACUUUUUCAUUCUUCCCGAAUGCUUCUGCAUGUCUUCUCUACCUAUUUUCCUCCUUUAUAACUUCUUCUUUCCUUUUUUUAUUUUUCAACCCUCCCUACCUGUCCGUCUUCCUCUACCUAACCAUCAUAUCUCCAGUCUUACCCUUAAAAUUUAUCCUAAUUUCCUUAACAAAUUUAAAGACUUUACCUUACCUUCCACUGCUUUGGCUUUGCUCACCGUGAUAUGAACAAAAUUUCAGAAUAAGAAAUUUUCCAGGCUUCCGGCAACUACGACGCCUACGACACAGAGCUCUACGACCGCUACGCAGCCCAUCGGUACGGCGGCGACCGCGACGCGGCCGCACGCGCCGUUGGACCAACCUCCCCGCCAAGCUACAUCAACUUCGGAAUGCCGACGUCAGUGUGGGAGUUGAAAUUUAAAAAGUUGCCUGAGCCGACCCGGCUAGACAUGGACUCUGCAAUGCGGUCGCGAAGCGGCCUAGAUUUUUUUCAUUUUUUUGAAGUUUUUUUCUUAAAAAAAUUUCAUAUUUAGUAAUCAAAAAAAUGGUAAAUUGACCGAUAUUAUGAAAUAUAAACUUUGAAUUGAGAGCUUGAGGCUAUAUUAAAAUCAAGUUUUUUUGCUUGGAAGUAACAGAUUUCACAGAACUUCCUUUCCAAAAUUGUAAUUGAAACAAAAAUAUCAGCCUAAAAUAGCUUGACAUGACGAUUUUUGUUUUGGAAAAAGACCGGGUUCAUAAGAAAAAAACGAAUUUCUGAGUUCUUGUUCCAAAAAUUUUUAUUAUUUAGAAGUAACAGAAAAUCUUUUUCUUCCAGCUGCACCGUAAACUGCAGAUUACUUCAUGGGCUUUAAAAAUUAUGUGAGAACAUUUUCCAGCUCGCACUCAUACCAUGGGGGAAGCUUCUCUUCGGCCGUUUACCGUCGACCAGCCACCUACGACUACGACUUCGGUCCAGCCGUUCCAGCCAACUACGAGGACUCGUUCGGCUACUACGAUACUGUCGGAGACUACUCCCACAUCCCACGCGCCGGACCCGCGCCGGGGCCACGCCGACCCGGAACAGCGGCUCCAGAUUACUACCACAUGUUCAAUUCGUGGUUUGCCUGCUCCAGUGGUGGCGGAAUUGGCGCAGCGCCUGCCGUCAAAGCCGCCUACGGAGCCGUCCCGCCAAGUGGCAGCAGCGGCGAUAGCUCCGCCAGCAGCCUCGGCCCCCAACUCCAGAGCCAGCAACGAAGACGUGGCCCCUCUCCUUCGGCGCCGCCGCAGCAUGGCACUGCUGGACGAGGUGGACGGAUCUACGCGCAGAGAGUUCCCGCAGAAGCCCACCCGCCCGGAUCCCCGCGAUACAAGAGAUACGUCUAUGAAGGACAGCAAGGACAGCAGCAAAGGCAGCAGUCGACUUCUCGUCUUCCCCACUACUAGGUGGGGUUCGGAUCUAGCUUCAUAGAGAAGUGUUUUGAAGAUUGCGACAAAAUUAUUGAAAUAUUCAUCGUCUAAUUCAAAUUUUCCUUCAAAAUGCUCUGAAAAAUCACUAUCCGAAACUACAUUCUUGUCGAAAGACGUUCAUUUUUUGAUUAAUUUCCAUUUUGACCAGAAAAAGACGGUUUGAAAAGCCCAAUUUCAUGCUUUUCACGGCCAAAAAAAGUUACUCAAAACUUUAAAUUUUAAUGCCUCAAAAAUACUAGAUUUUUCGCUGAUUCAGAAAAUUCACCUUUUGCCAGUCAUUUUAAUCAUCAUGACCAGAAAAAGGGUUUAAAAACGGAUUUUCUUGUCUUUCAGGACUCUAGGCCAAAAUAUUAUUGAAAAAAUAACUUGAAUUAUCAAAAAAUAACACUACGGAACUGUCCAAUCUCUGAAUUUCAAGUUCUCAUAAAAUAAUAGAUUUGAAUAACAUCCGCGUUUCAAAGCAUUUAUUUUUCCAGAUUCGUCUUCGCCUCCCACUUCCCCGUCAACACAUCCCAAUCGAAGCAAAAUCAACCUUUCGCCCAACAAAACACUUCCGAACGGCUUUCUCUGAGAGCCAGGAAAAAACGCCGCGCUGCUGUUCGUUCUGAAAUCAUCACAAAUUCACAACAAAAUGAGCCGCUUCACGUCGAAAUGCCGCCGACUCCGACCGAGUUAUUGCUGCCGAAAUCGACGUCCCUUUUGAUGUCUCCUCAUGGUGAGAUUGGAUUUUUCUGUGAGACCUAGAAGUGAUCGCCAGAAAAUGAAGCCAAAAGAAACCCAAUAAAAAAGGCCCAUUCUUGUCAUGAUAUGUUUCUUCGGAGCUACGGAAUCAUCCUCUUCGAUGCACCCGGCCUAUCUCUGGCCAUGCGCCUUUAAUAUAAACGGAAUUUAGGAAAUUUAGAGGUGCAUCUACAGAGACAGGCCGUAUGUAUCGAAACAAACUGCUUUUAGACCUAUUUGUGAAAUUGAAAGUAUAGCGGAUUCACGACCAGCUUGGGACGCUAAGGGGGCGUGUCCUGUCUGCUCUCUCCACGAGCCAGGCGCUAUCUCGUGCAUUAUCGUGUCAGGACCAUUUUUUCGAUGGCUCAAGCCAGCCGUGAAUCAGCUAUACUGUAUUACUGUAUUAAUCAACGUAAUCGUUUUCAAAACUCUUUUUCGAUAAAAUUAAAGAUUUUGCGGUUCAACGUUGGCUCAAAUAGGUAAACAAAAAUGCUUUGAUCGAUCUUGAGCCUUGCAAGAGGCUUGGUUGUUAUCAGUAAAGUUUUUUUGAAAAGAACACCUUCAGAGACAAAAACGGAAUAUAAUCUCUUUUAAAGGCAAUUUUCCAGGCCAACAACUGUACGAAACCACGUCCGCAAUGUCAACACCAACAAUGAUGCGAUCGAAAUCGAUCUCUCAGCAUAAUCCCAAAAAUGAUCAAAGUGUCGGUUUUCGAACAAUUGAUGUUUGGGUUCAAUAAUUUUUCCCUCAGUCUUCCUCAAAAAUAGAAAAAAGAAGAAUUUUCUUUUUGUUUCUGGAACUGAUUGAAAUUUUCUCAAAGUUCAAGUUCUGGAACGGCCAAAUAAAGACAUUUUUGCAGAGAUCAACCUUCUACGUCGACAACGACGUCACUCUCGAUGACGUCAUCGAAGCUGAACACGAACAGAAUUACGGGAAACUUCUGAAGACGUGGAACACCAGGACGACGUCGAAUUUCACCAGUCUUCCCGUUAGACGACUCGAAAAAGAUCGUGGACCGAUCCCGGCAAUUCCCACCAACCCCACUUAUGUUCAGCGGCUUUGA